AUGGCUUCUGGACAAGUGCAUUCAGUACUUUUUGAGGGUUCAGAAGUUUAUGAAUAUGGUACCACAGAUAACUUACAGUUUUACACCACAACAUAUGGAGAUCCCGCUUCAGGCUACGCUCCCUCAACCAGCGCAGCUUAUUAUCCUCCACAAAACGUUCAAACAUAUCCAAAUGCAGGUUAUCAUCCUGGGGGCACUGGAAGCUUUUGGAGUGCUUUUGGGACUGGAGGUUUUGCCGAUGAACCACCAUUAUUAGAGGAACUCGGGAUCAAUUUCGGACACAUAAAAUCAAAGAGCUUGGCAGUGUUGAAUCCUCUCCGGACCGUUGAUAAAAAUAUAAUGGAUGACACAGAUCUAGCAGGGCCUCUCUUAUUCUGUUUAAUAUUUGGAGUGUCAUUAUUGCUGACUGGUAAAGUUCAUUUCGGGUAUAUUUAUGGGGUAGCUGUACUAGGAUGGUUAUCAAUAUAUUCAAUUUUAAAUCUGAUGAGUGAAUCGGGAUUGGAUGGAUAUCGAACUGCUAGUGUAUUGGGAUAUUGUCUUUUACCUUUGGUCAUAUUGAGUUUAAUUGGCGUGAUGGUUCCAUUAAGUGGGCCAAUCGGUCUAAUCGCCUCUGGUCUCGCUAUCGGAUGGUGUACGUAUUCAUCAUCGACAAUGUUUGUCACCGUCUUGCAAAUGUCAGAGCAACGUCUAUUAGUAGGGUAUCCAGUUGGAAUGCUUUACGACAUCCAACGCCAGUUACGACAUCCGACUCCAGUUAUGACAUUCGACCUUAGUUACGGCAUCCAACUUUAUGUCGGACAGUUGCAACUUAUGGUCGGGCAGUUGCACCCCUACCCGAUACAAUACAUGGGUCAAAUAGCUGAAACUAUCAUUUCUAUAUACCCCCUGCCGAACAGUGUAUUCCCCCGGGGUACAAUUCAUGGAGGGGGAGAAACGGUUUCAAAAGCAACAUCAGCUGGAAGAAAAAUCGAUUUACAGAUUACACAUCGAGAUAAAAAUCAAGGAAAAAAUGUGGAGCUCAGUCAUUCUCGUAGAAUAACUUCUACCAAACUUAUUAAUGAUUGCAGUAAAUGUUUGAGAACCAAUAAAUCUGUUCUCGAUUAA